CGAGUGAGCGGGGCGGGGGCGCGGGGCGCGGGGCGGGCAGCGAGGAGCCGAGCGGCCCCGGCUGGGGUGCCUGCAGCCGGCGCGCAUGGCAGGCCCCGCGCGGUGACCGGGCGGGCGGGAGAGAGAGCAGCGCGCAGCCCGCACGAGUCCCGAGCCGAUGUCCCAGGUGAGUGGCCAGCCCUCCCCUCACUGCGACGCGCCCCAUGGAGCCCCGAGCGCAGCCCCGGGCCCAGCCCAGACCCCAUCCCUCCCACCUGGGCUGGAGGUAGUAACAGGAUCCACUCACCCUGCGGAGGCAGCGCUAGAGGAGGGCUCCCUGGAGGAGGCGGCACCCCUCAUGCCCCAAGGCAAUGGCCCCGGGGCCCCCCAGGCCCUGGACAGCACUGACCUCGAUGUCCCCACAGAAGCUGUGACACGCCAGCCUCAGGGGAACCCCUUGGGCUGCACCCCACUAGUGGCGAAUGGCUCUGGCCAUUCCUCGGAGCUGGGCGGCACCAGGCAGGCGGGGAAUGGUGCCCUGGGUGGCCCCAAGACCCACCGGAAGUUGCAGACACACCCGUCUCUCGCCAGCCAGGGCAGCAAGAAGAGCAAAGCCAGCACCAAGUCAGCUGCCUCCCAGAUCCCUCUCCAGGCGCAGGAAGACUGCUGCGUCCACUGCAUCCUGUCCUGCCUCUUCUGCGAGUUCCUGACGCUGUGCAACAUUGUCCUGGACUGCGCCACGUGCGGCUCCUGCAGCUCCGAGGACUCGUGCCUCUGCUGCUGCUGCUGCGGCUCCGGCGAAUGCGCCGACUGCGACCUGCCCUGCGACCUGGACUGCGGCAUCCUGGACGCCUGCUGCGAGUCGGCCGACUGCCUGGAGAUCUGCAUGGAGUGCUGUGGGCUCUGCUUCUCCUCCUGACCCGCGGAUUCCGGCAGGGGCUCCCCAGGGGGGCUGUGGCACAGAGGUUGAUUGCCCGUCCCCCUGGUCCUCUCCCACCCUCCCAGGGCCCUCUCAGAACCCAAGCCCGUGAGAAGGGGGCGCUCGGAGGCCACCUCCAUCCCGGGAGCUGAGCCCACUGCAGAGAGCCAGCCAGUCCUCCUCCCUGGUUACCAGGGACAGAUGGCACCAAGGACCUGGGGGCAGUGGCUGGGGUGGGGGCUGCUCCUGGGCCAGCUGCCAGGGCUGCAGAACACUGUGAAAGUUGGGGUGGGGGCGCAGGAACAUGGGGGAGGCAGGGACGCCGGAGCUGUGUGCUUCUCUACCUCUCACUGCUCCUGGCGUCCGCCUCCCCUGACCCCCAGGCUUAGAGGACAGCAAAAUGUGAAAAGAGACCCCCACCCUACCCUCAGUCAAGCCCCUCCCUGUCUCCUUUCCUGAGCUCUUUUGGGGGCCUGACCCAUACAGUGACCCCAGAGGGUGCUGGGCUUAGGCCUGGGGCAGGGCACGAGGGGGAACAGUAUGGAAAAGACUGGAAGGGGAGAGGGAGGGCAUGG